AUGGCAAAGUUUCUAUUGAUUUUAGUGACUUUAAAUUUAAAGGUAAGUUUUAAAUUGGGACUUGGUGGUCUAUUCAACAAGAUAAAAUAUACUCUGAAAUACCUGAAUCCUCUCAAAGCAGUAGAGGCCGAUCUUACUGACGCACUCUCUUUACAUAUAUUUUUUAUUAAAUUUUUUAAUGGACUAGAUGAUCCGAGCGAUGUUUUCAUCAGAUUAUCGAAUUGGGGAUUUGAUUUUCCAAAAUUACAUCCCAAAAUGAAUCCUAUAGAAGUUACAUUCAAUGAAGCUUCUAUUGUCAAGAUUGCACAAUCUAUACUUGGGGAAACCUAUAUGGAUUAUUCAAAUGUUAAGCAAUUUACCGACUUGGUCGAAUUUGUGGAAAGAUUAAAAAUGCAAGAAGAAACUCCACACACAGUGGGUGAAUAUCUUUUAUGUAAGAACGAUAAUCACAAGAAUGUUGGUUUACCAGAUAACAUUUUCAAAGACUAUAUGCGUAAACAUGGAAAUCAUUAUUAUUGUGCGAGUUGCUCUUCAUAUUAUUUCAAGGAAUACAGAAGAAAGGAUUCGAAAUCAAUAGAAGUAAAACCAGCGAAAAAGAAAAAAAUAACUAAAUCAAUUAUUAGAAUUGUAAAGUUUUUUUCUGAAACUGUAGAGAGAUCAGAUCUCAAUUUAUCAUCAAAUGUAAUAGAUCUAAUACAUCAACUAAUUGGAUUAAUCUCAGAGUUUUUACAUCAUUUAAAUUCUUCUUUGCCUAGGCCUAUCUCAUCACCUUCCAAAGCCAUCAAUGAUCUCAAAUCUAGACUGAAAUCAUUAAUCAAUCAAUAUGGUCAAGAUCAAAAGUCUACCGGUACCCUUAAGGAGGAUUCCAAGAUAUCAAAUCCUAAUCCAAAUUCAAAAUCGAAAUCAAAAUCAAAAUCCAAAUCAAAAUCAAAAUCAAAAUCAAAAUCAACCAGUUCAAACUCUCAAACUUCUGUAAUUUUAGAUCAAUCAUCAACAUCAACAACAAACCCUACAACAGAAACAACAACAAACUCUACAACAGAAACAACAAAUGAGGAAUCUACUGAAAAUAAUCAAUUUUAUUCGGUAGUCGAUCAAUUUAGAAAUAUUCAAACUUCCACUGCAUCACCAAUAUCAAAAACCUACACCGACCCUAACUAUGUUAUUGAUACUGAGAAGUAUCCAAGGUUUGUUGGUUCACCAUUGAAUACCUUCUCAAUGACCCCUCAAGUCUCUUCACCCACGUCUUCUAUUAUCACUCAUCACCCUCUGGAUCCAAAUGACAUGUCACUCAAUAAGGAUAGAAAACAGUGUGCUACCGCCAAUAGAAUUCAAACAUUAUCAAUGUUUAAUGGAAUUAGAAAUACAAAUUGGUUAGAUUUACACCCAUUCGUAGCUAACAACAUGAGUGAAUUCCCAAAGGAACACAAACUGAUAAUGCUCGAUAGUCUUCAAUCAAUUCUAUCCGAUGGCCCCGGAUUAUCUUUGUUAUGUGGAUCUGUAAAUUUACAAUUGCUUCAUACUCUCAUCAAAGAUGGUGUUGUAGUAGUAGUUUCAAAACAAUCAUUUCAAUCUUCAUUCUCAUUGAAAUUAAAGAUAUUAGAUAAGUCGGUAACAAAAACUAUAACAGUUCAUUUAACACGUCAUCCUUGUUUUUACUCUAAGGAAUUUAUCUCAGCAUUCUAUUAUUUUGCAAAUGAUAUUAGAGUUCAAAAUAACAAGAACAAUCACCACAACAACAAUAGCAAUCUCGAUAACAAUAGCAAUAGCAAUAGCAAUAUCGAUAUCGAUAUCGAUAGCAAUAGCAGUAUCGAUAGCAAUAGCAAUAGCAAUAACAAUGGCAAUAGCAGUAUCGAUAAUAAUAGCAAUAUCGAUAUCGAUAUCGAUAUCGAUAGCAAUAGCAAUAGCAAUAUCGAUAACAAUAACAAUAACAAUAACAAUAAUAAUAACAAUAAUAAUUAUUAUUCUAUUAUUCAAAAUGAUAUUUUUAAUAAUCAACAAUCUUCAAACUCCUCUUCCUCUAAUAAUAAUAAUGAACCAUGUUUUCCUAAUCGUCCUUAUCUCUUUAAAAUUAAAGAGUAUAUUGACAGCAAACCACCAAAAACGAAAACAACAAAACAAAAGAAAAAAAGAAAGUCAAGACAUCUCAACCAUUUGUAUAAUAAACAACAACAACAACAACAACAACAACCAGACACAUCAACAACAACAACAUCUAAUUCUUCCAAUAAUAAUAACAAGUUAUCGAUUAAAGAAAAUAUCGAUAUUAGUUUUUUUUAUCAUAUCAAACGUUCAAUCAGCGUUCUACUUAUCCCACAAGUAAAUAGUUUUAAUCAAUUUUCUAUCCACUAUAAUAAGACAGCUCUCGGUAAAUUGUUAAAUAAUGAGAAGAUCAACGUGUCAGAUAUAGUAAACCCCAAAUUCAAUUUAACAACAUAUGAGAUGGUUGGUAUUAGAUCAAAUGGUGAUUCUUGUUAUAUUGUAUAUGCCAAGAAAAAAAAGAAACCAACAGCCAACAAACCAACAGCAACCUCUACAAUAACAACAACAACAACAACCACAACCAACGAAACAACAACAGCUACAACCAACAAUACAACAACUGAAACCAACGAACCAACAACUACUAAAACCAAAAACGAAAUAGUUGUUACAAAAGAAAUCAAAUUAUAUGAUAAAGUGAAGAAAGAUCCCCAAUGGAAAGAACUUUCAAUCAUUGCGGUUGAUCCUGGUCGUAAUCACAACACUUAUUUAUUCUAUCCUGGUGGUCUUAGUGAUGAUAAUGGACUAAUUCCCAAUACUCCACAACAAUUGGCACAAAUGGAAAAGAAAUUUAGUCUUGACAUGAUCAGUGGCACUCAUUAUUACAACUCGCAAUCAGGCAGGCGUAAAAGUAUUAAAAAAAAAAAGAGAGGUAAACAAGUUGAUGAAUGGGAAUCAAAAAUCCCAAGUCUUUAUGGUGGUUUUGAAUGUAACAUAUUAUCAAUAGAUAUUUAUGAAAAGAGAAGGAAAUAUCUAUUUGAUAGACCAAUUCAUUUUGUUACAGAUUCAAAAGAGAUUGAUCUAUUGAAUAAAGAGUCGGUAGAUAUUCAAAAUCAUAUUGACCAUUUGAUAUUGGAAAUUGGCAAGCACGAACCAGAUGAUCCUGUUUAUCAAAAUUUAGAGAAUCAACUUUUAUCUUUUGAAGCUCAUGGUACUGUUUAUGCGAAAAAUAGCAGUGGAUCAUUUAGGAAACCCGAGAUUCAAGUAAACCCCAAUAAUACCGAAAUCGAUGGUAUUAUUGAUCGCUUAGGAGAAACUACAAAGAAUCUUCAUGCUCUUAUCGAAAAACGCCAGUCAAUUCCAAGUCCUUUAUAUUCUGCAGCAAUUGAAGCUCAUAAAUCCUAUCGAUUGGUUGAUUCUUCAUUUGAUAAAAAGAAGAAACACAGUCAACUCUUAAAAGCCGACCUACUUUUGUAUCGUGCAAUUGAGACCACGUUACUUUCGGAAGAGUCCAAGCUGUCAAAUGUUUCAACUAUCACUCCGCUCAAUGAUAUAGUUAUGAAUGAUCAAUCUAGUUCAAUCCCUGCUCCAACUUCAACACAAUCAUCUUUGCCCCGACGAAAACGACGCUCCAAAAAACGUGCCGAUGAACGACAUGCCAAACAUCGUGCCGCUGAACAACUCUCCAAAUCUCUCUCCAACGAUACAGUUAUGACUGAUCUACCUACUUCAUCUACUACUACUACUACUACUACUACUACUAAUACUACUACUACUAAGCCUCCACGUCGACCCCCUAAAUCAUCCUCCAAAGUUGGUCUACCUAGUUCCAAGACUGCUCCAACCUCAAAAAAACCAUCUACAUCCCGUGCCGGUAAAAGCUCCAAAGAUACUGACGUAGUCAUGACAGACCUACCUCCCGUAAAGAAUCUACCAUUGAAACCACUUCAAUAUAUUUACAAACCUUUAGAUCCAAAAGUAUUGAAUCUCCCUGAAGUUGUUCCUGUUGGAAUCGUAGUUCCAAGAUAUCAGUCAACCGACUACUGCUAA